AUGGCUAACUUGAAGAAGCUACUAGCUAUGUUUGCUCUCUUGAUGUUCCUGUCACACCUCCGUGUCCAUGGCGUCUCCGUGUCCGUGGGUAGUAGCGCGAACGUUACUAUAGAGAGCAGCCAUAGUCGCGGCAGGUGCCAUAUCAGUGGCUUCCUGCAUGGUAAAUCCGGCGACUGCAACAGGGAUCACGGCUCGGUCUGCUGUAAAGACGGUCACCGCUACCCGCAAUUCAGGUGCUCGCCCCCGGUGUCGGCCGACACGCCAGCGAUCCUAACUCUGAACAGCUUCGCACGAGGUGGAGACGGCGGCGGCAAAUCGUUCUGCGACAACCGCUUCCACAAGGACACCGAGCUGGUGGUGGCGCUGUCCACGGGGUGGCUGCGCCUGGACGGCAAGCGCAGGUGCAACAAGAUGAUCCGCAUAAACGGGAACGGGCGUGCUGUCCUGGCCAAGGUCGUCGACGAGUGCGACUCGGUGUACGGCUGCGACGCCGAGCACAACUUCGAGCCACCGUGCCCAUACAACGACGUAGACGCGUCACCAGCCGUGUGGAAGGCGCUGGGGCUCAAGGAGGCGAUUGGAGUGUUCAAGAUCACAUGGUCUGAUGUAACAUGGAUCAACCAAUAUAUCCUCACAAACGCACAAGCACAAAUUGCAGAUUUGCAAGCAACGUGCCAUAUCAGUGGCUUCCUGCAUGGUAAAUCUGGCGACUGCAACAGGGAUCACGGCUCGGUCUGCUGUAAAGACGGUCACCGCUACCCGCAAUUCAGGUGCUCGCCCCCGGUGUCGGCCGACACGCCAGCGAUCCUAACUCUGAACAGCUUCGCACGAGGUGGAGACGGCGGCGGCAAAUCGUUCUGCGACAACCGCUUCCACAAGGACACCGAGCUGGUGGUGGCGCUGUCCACGGGGUGGCUACGCCUGGACGGCAAGCGCAGGUGCAACAAGAUGAUCCGCAUAAACGGGAACGGGCGUGCUGUGCUGGCCAAGGUCGUCGACGAGUGCGACUCGGUGUACGGCUGCGACGCCGAGCACAACUUCGAGCCACCGUGCCCAUACAACGACGUAGACGCGUCACCAGCCGUGUGGAAGGCGCUGGGGCUCAAGGAGGCGAUUGGAGUGUUCAAGAUCACAUGGUCUGAUGUGUGA